AUGAAGGCUUUCACCCUGCCGCUGCUGGUCGUCUGCGCCCUCUUUGUUGCAUCCUCCUGCGCACGCCAGGAUGGCGAGGCCCAGCAACUGCUGCGGGAGAGCCUGAGGCACCUGCGCCCCGCGGGCCGCGCGCUGCAGCAGAGGGCCUACUCCUCUGCCUCUGGCGAGCAGACGGCCACCGCCGUUGCCAAAGCCACCCCCACCACCGCCUCCACCCAGCAGAGCGCCACAGGCGGGGCGGCGCAGGUGCUGGGCAUCUCGCAGGUGGGGGAUAAGGUGGACGUGUGCCAACGCGGCCCCGCCAACUCCGCCGCCUGCAAGACCCUCACCACCGCAGGCAAGCGGGCAGGGGCCGUAGGCACCCCGCAGCAGCACAGGUCCACCGGCUGUACCGACAUAGCCCCUGACACCGAGUUCACCUGCGCCGAGCAGGCCGGUUUCGGCAAGUGCGAUGCCGACUUCAUCUUCCUGGGCGCCUACUGCCUCAAGUCGUGUAACCGCUGCGGGGACGGCUGCUUCGACACCGCCCCCAGCGGCGCCAGCUGCGUCGCAUCCCAGUGCAACUCCACAGAGGUCACCGCCAGCCCCUACUGCCUCAAGACCUGCGGCCGCUGCUACGCGGCUGCCUAG